GUAUUUGUCUGUGUGUAGUCUGAAACAAUUUGAUUUAUAUAACCAAGUACUUUGGGUUUCUAUGCGGUGGCUUCAAAAGAAAUAUUUUAUUUGACUUUAUUUACUUUUAGUCUUAGGAAUAUUUAACUAUCACUUUUUCAUCCAAUGUUUCCAAUAUACCUUAGGCGAUUUUCAUGUAAUUCCUUGUGUUUUAUCUAUGGUGUAAAUAUUGAAUUUGUUAUCCAUUAAAUGAUUUGUUUGUUUUUAUUUAAUAAUAGGUGUAUUUUUUUAGUAUUGAGUCUAAACGUUGUUCUAAAUGGAAGAUGCUGAUAGUGCAGAAGUUCCAAGAAUCGAACAAGUUUGUUCAAUAUUUAAAGCAGCGAUUAAACUCCUUGAGGGUGACACUGACGAGAUAGAGGAAGAUUUCGUGACAGAUAAUGCUGAAUACUUGGGACAAUCGGCCGGUUCCCUGUUGAUGCAAGAAUCCGUCGCUCAAGAUUCCUGUAACUUUAUCCAAAAGUUUGUGUGGCCGCAUGAAGGCGUACUUCUGCUGUUGGAGGAGUACAGAAGGGUGGAGUAUGAAUUUAAUUCGAGGAGAAAGCGACAUGGCACAAUCUGGGAAGAAAUGGCUGCGGCCAUCCGUGGGCGAAGCGACCUAAAUGUGACGGGACUCCAGUGUCAACAGAAAAUAAGCAGCUUGAAACGAACUUACGCAAACAUAAAAGAGAAUUUUUCGAGCUACGAGGCUGAUGAAUGGCCAUAUUUUGCAGCAGUGGAGGAGCUAUUUGGAAACAAAGAUCGGGCAAUACCUACAGUCGUCCCCCACUACACAGGCAUCGAAGGACCGUACAGUGAUGAGGAUGGCAGUAACAAUCCAGACACAGGUGCAAGUGAUGGGGAUAAAAAACUUUUUUUCGUGUGGCCCCACGAAGGGGUUCUGUCCCUCUUGCAGCGCUAUAAAGAGGUGGAAUACGAGUUUUACGUGGGGAGGAAACGGCACAACAAAAUCUGGGACGAGAUUGCGGAAGCUAUACACACUGAUCACAGGCACAUCAGGGUGACCGGCAUCCAGUGUCAGCAGAAGAUAAGUGGCAUGAAGCGCACGUACUGGGGCAUUAAAGAAACUCAUCCUUGCCCCAGUCCUGAAACUGUCCCCUGGCCGUAUUACUUCGCUGCUGAUGAAAUAUUCAACAGAAAAACACCCAUCGUCAUUCCGGCUGCCGUGCGAAGCCCGGGCCCCGCACCAUUCAGGAAACAGAAAGAGACCAGUUCGUCUUCACCUCUGGGCAUUGAGGUCAAUUCAGGCAUGUAUACAAAUGAGCCAAACAAAAAAAAUGUGUUUUCCUGGCCCUACGAUGGAGUGUUCAUCCUGCUGGAGCAGUACAGGCAGAUGGAACAUCAGUUCUACACAACGAAGAAACGGCACAACAAGAUUUGGGACGAGAUUGCGGAAGCGGUGCAAGCAGCCGAUUGUAACCUGAGGCCGACCGGUCUGCAGUGCCAGCAGAAGAUAAGUGGCUUGAAGCGGACGUACAUGACCAUCAAGGAGAACCACCCGUGCCCCAAUGCGGAGACUGUGACCUGGCCGUACUAUACAGCCAUUGAUGAAAUAUUCGGCCACAAUGCCCAAGACAGUGAUGAUGGUAUCAGUCUGAGACCAUACACCAGCGCGACCUCGAGGAGAAGUGCGUUUGCGUGGCCCCACGAGGGGGUGCGCCUCCUCCUGCAGAAGUUCAAGGAGGCCCAGCCGGAGUUCUUCUCGGGGGAGAAACGGCACUGCAAGAUCUGGAAGAGCAUCGCAGCAGCGAUCCAAGCCAGCAGCGCCCUGAAGCCGACUGGCAUGCAGUGCCAGCAGAAGAUCAACAGCUUGAAGAGGACCUACGUUGCCGUGAAAGAGAAUCGUUCGGGCACUGAUGUAUCCUGGCCGUACUUUCCGAUUUUGGAUGAGAUAUUUGGUGGCAAGACCAGUAUGCCCGUUCUGGCUACCAUUGCUUGCAGUGCAGGUCCUGAACUGCAUAAUAAAAGACAUAACCAUUCAUCAUCCAGCGAUGAUGGGAAUAAUGCAGAGACUGGUGCAGAGGACAUGUACGAACGGCCGGUGUUCUACUGGUCCCCGGAAGGGGUGCUGGAGCUGCUGAAGCAGUACAAGGAGGUGGAGCAGGAGUUCCUGGCCGGCAACAAGCUGCACACGAAGCUGUGGGACCACGUCGCCGCGGCCGUGCGCGCACGCACCAGCCUGACCACCGUCACGGGCGUGCAGUGCCUGCAGAAGCUGUGCCGGCUCAAGAGGAUAUACAAGACCGUGCAGGAGAACAACCCCUGCGCCAGCGUCGCGACGGUCAGCUGGCCGUACUUCGCCGUUAUGGAAGAAAUGUUUGGUGCAAAGUCCGAGUCUGCGGUUCCAGCGUUGGCUUCGAGUUCGGGCCCUGAACUCCCACACAAUCUUAUAAACGUAAAUUACUCUGACACUGAUGUCAUCAACAGUUUGGCAAAUUGUGCCAGUAUAGAAAAGAAGAAAAACUCGUUCUCCUGGCCGUACAAAGCCACACUCCUGCUGUUGAAGCAGUACAACAAAGUAAAACACGAGUUUGUGUUGGGGAGGAAGCGUCACAAUCAGAUAUGGGACGAGGUUGCCGUGGCAAUACGUGCCGCCAGCACCUACAAAGUUACUGGUGUUCAGUGCCAGACAAAGUUUUGUGGCUUGAAGCGGACCUACAUGACCAUCAAAGAAAAUCGCACCAACUUCAGUGCAGAGUGUGUUCCCUGGCCGUUCUUCUCGGCCAUGGAUGAUAUAUUUGGCAGCAAAGUUCAGUCAGGAGAAACAGACUAUUCACUCAAAUCGGGUUAUUCUCUGCUGAGGAAACGAAAAAAUUUCAGUUCAUCACCUUCUAGUAAUGAUGAUGAAGACGACGACGUUGGAAGCAAUCCACGAGAAUCACUUACAAAGAAAAUAAAGGUACGUUUGCAACACACUGCAAAGGAAGAUACUCCAGAAAAUAUGGAGUUGUUGAGGCGGGAACAAGAGCGGAAUCGGCAGAAAAGGGAAGAAAGGAAGCAUGAAAUGGAAAAGAUGAAAAUGAAGCAGAUACGUGCAAUGCACGAAGAAAAAAUUAACUUGCAAAGAGCAGCAUUAGACAUUUUAAAAGAAAUACUUUCGAAGCAAUAAGAUAAUAUUUCUUAAUUAUUGUUUGUAUAUAGUUUUUUUACUAAUAAAUUUUGUUUCUGUAAAGUAAAA